CGGACGCGGCGCGAGAUGUCGGAGGUGCGGGCUGCGGGGCCGGGGCCCGGGCCAGGCCCAGCUGCAGCGCCCGGACCCUCGGCACCAGCCGCGGGAGGAAGCGGAGGCUCCGGGCCCGGACCGAGCACCUCGCUCCCCUCGCCGGGACCGGGCGGCGGCGGCGGGCCCGGGUGCCCCGUUGGAGCGGGCCCGGGCGGGGUGACAUCCACUUCCGGGUCGGGCAGCUCCGCUUCCGGGUCGGCCCGCGAGGGCUGGCUCUUCAAAUGGACCAAUUACAUCAAAGGGUAUCAGCGGCGCUGGUUCGUGCUGAGCAACGGGCUGCUGAGCUACUACAGAUCAAAAGCGGAGAUGCGUCACACCUGUCGUGGGACCAUUAACCUAGCUACAGCCAACAUCACUGUGGAGGACUCCUGCAACUUCAUCAUCUCCAACGGUGGGGCACAGACCUACCACUUGAAGGCCAGCUCGGAGGUGGAGCGGCAGCGCUGGGUCACAGCCCUGGAGCUGGCCAAGGCCAGGGCUGUCAAGAUGCUCGCUGAAUCGGAUGAGUCGGAUAAUGAAGAGUCUGUGUCACAGACGGACAAGACGGAGCUGCAGAACACACUGCGCACCCUGUCCAGCAAAGUGGAGGACCUGAGCACGUGCAACGACCUGAUUGCCAAGCACGGCACGGCACUGCAGCGCUCCCUCAGUGAGCUGGAGACCCUCAAGCUGCCCGCAGAGAGCAACGAGAAGAUCAAGCAAGUCAACGAGCGAGCCACGCUUUUCCGCAUCACCUCCAACGCCAUGAUCAAUGCCUGCCGAGACUUCUUGAUGCUGGCGCAGACACACAGCAAGAAGUGGCAGAAGUCUCUUCAGUAUGAGCGAGACCAGCGCAUCAGACUGGAGGAGACCCUGGAGCAGCUGGCCAAGCAGCACAAUCAUCUAGAGAGAGCCUUCCGAGGGGCCACCGUGCUGCCAGCCAGCGCCCCCCGAGGCGGGGGCUCUGCUAAAGAUGAAUGCUGCCCAGGGAAAGGAGACCUGAGUGAUGAAGAUGACGAUAAUGAGUUCUUCGAUGCACCGGAGAUCAUCACCAUGCCGGAGAGCAUGGGCCACAAACGCACCGGCAGCAACAUCAGCGGCGCCAGCAGUGACAUCAGCCUUGAUGAGCAGUACAAACAUCAGCCGGAGGACACCAAAAAGGAGAAGAGAACUCGGAUUCCCAACAAGCCGAACUACAGCCUCAACCUGUGGAGCAUCAUGAAGAACUGCAUUGGGAAGGAGCUCUCCAAGAUCCCCAUGCCGGUGAACUUCAACGAGCCUCUGUCCAUGCUGCAGCGCCUUACCGAGGACCUGGAGUACCAUGAGCUGCUGGACCGAGCAGCCAAGUGCGAGAGCACCCUGGAGCAGCUCUGCUACGUGGCCGCCUUCACCGUCUCCUCUUAUUCCACCACCGUCUUCCGCACCAGCAAGCCAUUCAACCCUCUCCUGGGGGAGACCUUCGAGCUGGACCGGCUGGAGGAAAACGGCUACCGCUCCCUCUGCGAGCAGGUAAGCCACCACCCUCCUGCUGCCGCCCACCAUGCUCACUCCAGGCACGGCUGGACGCUUCGCCAGGAGAUCAAAAUCACCAGCAAGUUUCGUGGCAAAUACAUCUCCAUCAUGCCCCUUGGUACCAUCCACUGCAUCUUCCAUUCCUCCGGCAAUCACUACACAUGGAAGAAGGUGACCACCACGGUACACAACAUCAUAGUGGGCAAGCUGUGGAUAGACCAGUCCGGCGAGAUCGAAAUCAUCAAUCACAAGACAGGCGACAAGUGCAAUCUCAAGUUUGUUCCUUACAGCUACUUCUCCCGGGACGUGGCCAGAAAGGUGACGGGAGAGGUGACAGACCCCUCUGGGAAAGUGCACUUUAUCCUGCUGGGCACCUGGGAUGAGAAGAUGGACUGCUUCAAGGUGCUGCCAGGCAGUGGGGAGAACGGUGCUGAGGGGCGGCAGAGAGCCGAGGAGAGUCAGGUUCUGCUGUGGAAAAGGAACCCCCUCCCGAAGAACGCUGAGAACAUGUACUACUUCUCCGAGCUGGCGCUGACACUCAAUGCCCCCGAGAGCGGCACCGCCCCCACCGAUAGCCGGCUGCGGCCCGACCAGAGGCUGAUGGAGAACGGGCGCUGGGAUGAGGCCAACGCCGAGAAGCAGAGGCUGGAGGAGAAGCAGCGCAUCUCCCGCAAGAAGCGCGAGGCCGAGGCCAUGAAGGCCACAGAGGAUGGCACUCCCUAUGACCCCUACAAGGCUCUGUGGUUCGAGCGGAAGAAGGACCCUGUCACAAAGGAGUUGGCACACGUGUACCGAGGAGGCUACUGGGAGAGCAAAGAGAAGCAGGACUGGAGCUUGUGUCCGGACAUUUUCUGAGCUGGAAGUGGCAGGAUCAGCAGCAGGAGGAAGAGAAGGAAAGAGGAUGGAGGUUGAAGGGAAGCAGCCGAUCAUGUGACUUCCUUGCCUAGUGCUUUCCUCGAGUGUCUGUCUGUCUUAACCAAUCGCUUGUUCCGAAUCAAUCACCCCAAGCAAAAGCCAGUGGCGGUGAUUGGCUGGGUUGCCUUAGCUGAUUGACACUGAUGUUGAUGAUGUUUAGAUCCCUAGGGCUGGCGCUCUGUGCCCUAUAUGGCUGUGUCCCCCAGCUCCCUUACACGGCCAUCUAUCUGUCCAGCUCGGCCCAACCCCUCCGGGAGCUGUGGGGGGAAGAGCUUGCGAGCUGUUAACAAGGGCCAGUCCUUUUCUAACACCCUCACACAAGGGGAUGCACACAAUGGGGAUGUGGGUAAGAACAGAAGCCCCCCAAUGUACUUCCCAUGGGGGGGGCUGUUUGGGGGAGCUGGGGAUAUCCUGUAUCUCAUAUCUUGGUGGGGAGGGGUCAGUCCCCCCUCCCUUAGGCGGGAGCUAGGGGCACCCAAGUGGCUGGGGGAGCCUGGUACGUGCCCAUGGAGACAGAGGAAUGUUGCAGGAAGCAAUGCAGAGCCGCAGCUCGCCUUCCACAUCCUGGAGCAGGAGGCUGUGACUGGCCUUGCUCUCUGAGAACCCUUCUUUGGGGCAGUCUGCUGAACUUUCCGUCUGAUUUCAGAGAGGGCCAUUGGCAAUGAGACCCCCACCCCCCUGCUCUCCCCUCCUCUUCUGCCAAGAGGAACGCACCCCACCGUCUUCCCCCUCCCCAUGUGCACUCUGGAAGGCGGGGAGCUGCUGUGGGGGUGGAGCAUCCCUCUGGCCAAGCAAGCACCUGUUAUAUAUCUGUAUAUUAUAUAUAUGUAGAGA